AUGAUCCACCGCGAAGUAGCCGAUGGUCUAGAGCGUCUUUGGAACGUAAGAGUAAACUGCAUAUGGGAAGCCGAUGAAAGUAGUCGCCAUGGAGAGGUUUAUAUAUUCGACCAUGUAUUUAAGCAGGAAUGUACAAAUUCAGAUGUAUAUGGAUCUGUAGUAAAACCUUUAGUCGAUUCCUUCAUGGAAGGUUUCAAUGCCACAAUAUUUGCAUAUGGCCAAACAUCUUCUGGCAAAACACACACCAUUUUGGGCAAUAAAACAGAUCCUGGGCUUUUCCAAUUAGUAUCCAAUCAGUUAUUCCAGCAUGUGGCAGACCAGGUUGAUAAGAGGUACUUGAUUAGAUGCAGUUAUAUUGAAAUCUACAAUGAAAAGAUCAAUGACCUCCUGGAUAAGAGCAAUCAGGGUUUAACUAUAAGAGAAGAUAUCAAAGGAAAUGUGCUGCUUGAUGCAAGGGAAGCUGUCGUAGACAAUGUUGAUAAAGUUAUGGAGAACAUGAUGCAGGGCAAUAAGAUCAGACGAGUUGCAGCUACUCGCAUGAAUGAGAGGUCAUCUCGAUCACACACGAUUUUCCGGAUUAUUCUGGAGUCGAAAGAUGCCAAUCAGAAAGAUGGACCUGUACAUAUAAGCUACCUUAACUUAAUGGACUUAGCUGGUUCUGAGAGAGUUUCUCUGACGAAAGCUGCUGGUGAGCGUCUUAAAGAGGGGGCUAACAUAAACAAAUCUUUGUCAGUAUUAGGAAAUGUGAUAAGGCAACUAAGCGAGGGGAAGGAGUUUAUCAGUUAUCGCGAUUCGAAAUUGACUAGACUGCUCUCACAGGCUCUUGGCGGAAAUGUGCUGCUUGAUGCAAGGGAAGCUGUCGUAGACAAUGUUGAUAAAGUUAUGGAGAACAUGAUGCAGGGCAAUAAGAUCAGACGAGUUGCAGCUACUCGCAUGAAUGAGAGGUCAUCUCGAUCACACACGAUUUUCCGGAUUAUUCUGGAGUCGAAAGAUGCCAAUCAGAAAGAUGGACCUGUACAUAUAAGCUACCUUAACUUAAUGGACUUAGCUGGUUCUGAGAGAGUUUCUCUGACGAAAGCUGCUGGUGAGCGUCUUAAAGAGGGGCUAACAUAA